AUGCUGAAAAAGAACCACGAGGAUAAAUCAUGUCUUCUUGUGGUUGAGUUUGCUGCAAAUGUAGUCGCUAAAGGAACCAUAAUGAAGUAUUGUGCAUCGGAUGAAAACAUUGAAGUUAUGAUGGAAACAAUUUUACAAGGAAAAGCUUUAAUACCCAUUCCACUUGAAGAGGAGUUCAUUGUGAUGGUCAAAGAUGCAUUGAGACACAUACUAUAUUGGCCAAGACACUUAGUUAUUCGAUACUCUGACCUGAGUGAGAACGAUCUUUUUGGGUACGAUAGUUACACAUACUUAACUUGGGAUGAUUUUGAAGCGGUUCUUACAAUGGAUGAGAUGACUUGUGAUAUCAUUGUGUCUUAUAUGAUGGUGUUGUUUAACAAAAUGAAGUAUGGACCCUCAGAAAGAGAUCAUGGAAUUUGCUUUGUAAACCCGACAUUAAUCUCACCAAUCAUGAAAUCGGAUACUUGCUAUUAUCUUGAUUCCUUGAUUUCUGGCAAUUUCAAUAUGCAGUUGAAGCAAAUUGUUGAUUUGGAAAUGGUUAUAUACGAUACACAAAGUGGAUCAAAUAAAAGGCCUAAACUAAAUUGGGUUAAUGUUACGUGUCCAAUUCAGCCCGGAUCUAGCGAAUGUGGCUACUACAUGCUAAGGUUCAUGAAGGAGAUAGUGAAAGAAGGAAUUGAAGUGUUGGUUAAAGAAAAUAUCGGGGAUGGCAAAGUUGAGUACACAACUGAUGAUAUCGAUGAGAUACAUAAAGAAUGGUCAUAG